CUAGAAGAGAUUAUGGAGGAGGGCCUGAGCGACUGGCGGCUGGAGGUUGGAGGCUGAGCAGGGAUCCCCUCAGCCCUUAUGAAUAUUACAACAAGCCCUUUACAUAAAGGAGACCUUUUCAAAGUCGGACCCAUUAGAAUAAAACCUCAAGUUCAUUUUCCUGACCGGGCCAUGAAUUGGCCCAGUGUGCGCAUAAAGUAGGAAAAUCAGCUAUAUUUAUCAUUACAGAUAUUAAGAUGAGCACAGAGGCUGUCGAACAGAGGAAUCCUCAGCAUGAUCACACAGAAAUCGAACAAAAUGGCAUUGAUUUCACAAGACAGAUAAAGACAGAGGACCUGAACGAUUCCCCUCACUCGGCCUCGUCGCAUAAGACAUGUCACCUCACGCAGGGUUCGCCAGCUCCAACAGGGCAGCUGCCUGGGGAGUUGCCAUCGCUGCACCCACUUCCCCAGCUGGUCCUCAUGUCUGGCUCACACCUUUCCUCAUCUUCGCCUUUCCUCCUCUCCCAGGCUCAGAGUGGACACCAAGCACUACUGCAGCCAAAUCUCCUGUCCUUGCCCUCUCAGACCCAGCCUAGUCUCCUGCAGCACCAGCCUGGACUGGCCCUCACGCCUCAGGCAAUGGGACGAACAGGCUUGGCUGGGUCCUCCAUGGAUGCACACUUGGACAUGCCUCACUUACAAGUGCCUAAGCACGUGGGUGCUUCGCAGCAAGACGAGCCAAGUGACCUGGAGGAACUGGAGCAGUUUGCCAAGUCUUUCAAACAACGGCGCAUCAAGCUGGGCUUCACACAGGGAGAUGUGGGUUUGGCUAUGGGGAAGCUCUAUGGAAAUGAUUUCAGUCAAACCACAAUUUCCCGCUUUGAGGCUCUCAAUCUCAGUUUCAAGAACAUGUGCAAGCUCAAACCAUUGCUGGAGAAGUGGCUCAGUGAUGCAGAAAACUCACCCUCUGACUCGAUGGCUAAUCCUGCAACUUUACCACCUCUUAUGGAAGGAUAUGGGAGGAAGAGGAAAAAGAGGACGAGUAUUGAGACCAACAUCAAGCUCACACUGGAGAAACGCUUCUUAGAUAAUCCCAAACCGAACUCUGAGGAGAUCACUAUGAUCUCGGAGCAGCUGUCAAUGGAAAAGGAAGUGGUGCGGGUGUGGUUUUGCAACCGACGACAGAAGGAGAAGAGGAUCUAUUGUCCAGUCGCCACCUCGCCUAUAAAAUCGCACAACUACAAUCCCAGACUGCCUGCAUCUGGCAGACCAUUCAGUCCUCUUGCUUCAGGAGGCGUGUCGAGCAGCUCGUCUCCUAACAGCCCGACUCGUGGCUCUUCUCCCAACACUCUGUCUUCGUCCUCCAGUCCUCUGACAUCACAAGGGGUCAAUCAAUCCUUCAAUCCCACAGGAUCCUGGUAUCGUUGGAACAGUACUGCGUAUCACCACUGAGAAGUGUCUAGAACCCUCCAUCACACACCUCCCACACCUCCCCCACACACAAAAACAUAAAAUGUUUACAGUUUUUUGGACAGGAAAGGAAACAAUGCUCUGAUUUAUACAUUUCCGUACUGCUUGAGUACUGAAGUUUCACGGUUACUGGAAAAUAAACCCCAAAACAAUCCCUGUCUCGUUAGUUCCUUUCAGCAAUAACGACGAAAUUUCACUCAUCUGUUCAUUUCAAGAUCAAACAGUAGGUCUAUAAAACAUUUCAAGUUUAUAUAUAGUGGUGUUAAAGCCACAGAUCUGAAAAGCAUAAUGAGAUAUUACUUUUCAAAGACAAUGUUUACAUAUCACCCUGUCCAGGGUGUACCCCGCCUCCUGCCCGAUGCUCCCUGGGAUGGGCUCCAGGUUUCCCGUGACUUUGAGAAGGAUAAACGGUACAGAAGAUGGAUGGAUGGAUGUUUACAUAUCUAUUCUCCUCUUCAGCCCAUAUUUUAACGUAAUAUAUUUAGAUCACACUAGACGACUUGAGAGUUUAAAUUACGCAAAUAUUUCAAGCAUCAGAUUGUUUUCAGUUAUAAGUGUGCGGUCUCCAGUGACUUCACUACGUAGCAUUUAUCACUGCAGUCGGUACUCGAAGGCUCAUUAAAUCUUACUCAGUUUCCUAUUUUAUAAAUGUCUGCUUUUGUAAGUUAAACUGUUAUGAACAUGCAUUUGGAAGUGGAAGUAAUAUGUAGUGGAAAAGGGUGUUUGAUUGUUUUUCCCCCCCCUGCCUUUUCCUUAUGAAGUGGUCCGAAGCAUUUGAAGUGCUGUAAUUUUCACACUUUGCCUUUGACGUGAUUACGUAUCACUGUUGUUUAUUUUUGCUUGUGUUUUGUUUUGUUUUGUUUGUUUGUUGUUGUUUUUUUGUGAUGCGUAAUAUAUAUAUUUUUUUUUUGUAAUGGAAAUGUUGUGUACAUUUGAAUGCUGGACAUGUGUAACUGUUUAACACUUAUUAAACAGAUUAAUCACUUUA